AUGGAUCUUCAGACAUCUAUUGGCGACACCUGGAAAGAGAUGAUCAAAUUGCUAGACACUGGCAAGGUCAAAGCGAUCGGUGUGAGCAAUUUUGAAAUUGAACAUCUUGAAGCGCUGAACAAAGCUACUGGUGUCGCGCCAACCGUGAACCAAAUCGAAAGGCAUCCCCUGUGCAUUCAAGCCGAUUUGGUCAAAUACUGCAACUCUAAAAACAUUCAUGUUACCGCUUACUCGCCUCUGGGUAACAAUCUGGUCGGAGAAACAAAGAUUGUUGAUUAUCCUGAAGUCAAGGAAGUCGCGGCGAAGCUCUCUAAACUAUCAGGCGAGACUGUUGACCUGGCUCAACAUUGA